UUGUCUCGACGCCUGUGACGUCCGCAUAACGACUGCUUUUUUUGCGGACGGGGAUUAAUCUUUCUCGCGACCCUUUCGCCGAUUUUUUCGGUUUCGGCCGCUGCUCGGGGCUUGUUUUUGCCUUUUUCGACCUCGGCGCCGGUUCCGGGUUGAAAAAAAGCUCGCUGGAGAAAUUAGUGUUGGCGCUCCCGACUCCCUCUGCCUGAGAGCAGGGCCGCCAACAUGGCGGACGACGAGGAGAACAGGCUGACUACACAAGAGGGGGCAGCUCCCCAGCAGCAUGGCACCGACUGCCUGGAGACCCUGGUACAGCAGAGCACCGCAGUCGCGGAGACCGGCUGUGUCAACGUGCCCUGCAAGCAGUUCGAUGCCCACUCAUGCCAAGUGCUGCCGGAGGAGAUCGUGCAGGUUGUGGUGGGGGGAGGAGAAGAGCCCACUCAGGCGGUCAGCACUUUAGCCGAUGGUGCGAGCGGCCUCUUGACCGCCAACGGCAUCAUCAACUCUCUGGCGGAGGCCCCUCCAGCUGGCGGCACCGUGGCAGCGGUGAGCGCGGGUGACUUCGCGGUAGCCGCGGAGGAGCUGGAGAGCAUCUCGAUCGAGUCCACCCCCAGCACCAUUAUUUAUGUGCAGCCCGAUGGCACUUUCGUGGAGGGCACGGGGCUAACCCCGGAGGAACAGCAACAACUGGUCGAGCAAUUAGCAAAGCAACAGGGACUGGUAGAAGUAAGCGAAAGCGAAGCGGCUCAAAUGUUUGGUAGUCAUCAUCAGCAACAGCAGGAACAUGCUCAGUUUGUGCAGCAUGUGGGUCUGACAGAUGAUCUCCAGCAAGUCAUCACUCACGUUACAAAGUCUCAGCAGCAAGCGACGCAAUUCGGCAAAAACAGUGUUGUGCAAUUGAACGCUGAGCCUGCUGAAAAUCAAAUUCUUCAGAAGACCAGCUUGGCAUCAUAUGUUCCUCCAGAAACUCGAGUGCUUUCCACGGAUCAGCAUCAGAUGUUACAAGUGCCUGAGUGCAAUGCUAUGAUGCAGCAGAUGCAUGCCAGUGUUCAUCCAAGUCAAGUUGUCCAAAGGAUAGAUUCGUGCAACCCAACCCAAAUUCAGCAAAUAAAUAUUUCCAGCCAGUCCUCUACAGUGAACCGGCCUAGUCAACCUAAGAUUCUAACGGCUGUUUCACAGCAGCAGGCUGUCUUUACUCAGCCGUUGACAGUAAUUCACAAUGCAACGCGACAGUUGCAAAAUGCUGCUCACCAGGCUGCUCUUCAGCAGAGUAUACAACAAAGCAUUGCACGUGCACAGCAAAAGAUGGCUCCGUUGCGAGUUACACCCUCAACCCAGCAUCAACUAGAAACUGUCCAAGUUCAUAUACAGACAGUUCAGCCGCAGGAGGAAAAAGAUAGGCCUAUGCCACCUCUAGCUGUAGUACAGCCCAAACCUGCAGCAUCUAGUCAGCUGGCUAACAAAAGGACCACUGUUUCAGGGGGAGUUAAUAUUUCUGGACCUCAGAUUAUUAGAAUCCAGCCAAUUUCAACAUCUGGAACACAACAGUAUAUUUUGCACAGUUCUUCAGAACCUCCAAUUCAGCUACUUGUUCAGCGCCAGCCUCCUCCACUUGCACCUGUAAAUGCCAUUCGAGUGAUUCCAGGAGUGAGCAUCAGUGGACAGUCUGGUAUUGCAAGUACCAGUGUAACUGCCAUUACAACAGCUGUAGGAAAUUCAGUUUGUUCUAGCCAUACCAAGAAGCAUGAACCUAGCGAUAAAUCAAAGGAGAAAAAACCUGUGAAGAUUAAAACUCGAUCUGGUCGAAUAUCACGACCUCCAAAAUACAAAGUAAAGGACUACAAAUUUAUCAAAACUGAAGAUUUGGCAGAGGGCCAUCAGUCAGACUCUGAUGAUUAUUCUGAAUACAGUUUUGACGAAGAAGAUGUGAAAACAAAAGUGGAUGAGUCAAGCCUUUCAAUACCUUGCUCGUUCAAACCCAAAAAAUUCAAAUGUGAUACUUGUGAAAAGUCCUACAUUGGAAGGGGAGGGUUAGCCCGGCAUUAUAGACUCAACCCAUCGCAUGGACAGCUGGCUUCUGUCUCUGAGGAACAGAGAACUUCUGUGGACAAAUCCAAUGGUAAUGUGAUUAUUGGGGGCAAUGGAGAUGAUAGAAAUGGUCAAAUGGCUCCUGAACUAGUAGUGUCAUCUAUAGGUACUGACGCUACAUCUGUAAUGGUGGACAGCACAGCCCCUUCUUCCCAAGACUUCCAACAGACUGAAAAGGUUGCAUUAGCACGACAUUUUCCUGGACACCGCCGGACUGUACGACGUGGUCGACCUCCAAAACAUCACAACAAUGCUUAUCAGCAAGAUCAAGUACUAAAGAGGAAAGCAAGACUAAAAGAGCUCCUCAAACAGUGUGAUGAUGAGGAACUGAUGGAAUUGGCUCUUCCUAGGCUUACAAAAGUCAUUACUCUCUGGGAAUUUCUGUUAAUGAAGGUGGAAAAAGGACGGCCUGCCAGACCACAGUUUUCAGAUGUGUAUAGAGAGUUUGAGAUGCUGCAUAAACAUGUGAAGAAAAUGGCUGAUGAGCACUUAAGUAGUUCCAUUCGGAUGACCAAUCCUCAGCAGCCCUUGCAGAUCUCUUGUACACAGGUUGCUGAGUCAUUAGGAAUAACUGAGUAUACAAACAAAGAAAACCAGCAAGAUGCAAGCGUGUCCCUAACCUACAGAUUAGUCACGGUGGAUGACCAGAAUCAUCUAAAUUCAUCUGGAGAAAAGCAUAGUAUGGAGAGAGACUUUGGAACCUUAUCCCCAUCAUCGAAACGAAUGAAAAUAGAUGACUCUGUAACAGUGACCGAAAACAACUUCAACCAAAAUGGAAUAGAGAUAACUGGUGAAGUACAAUUACAAAGCUUAACUACUGAAGAAGGCCAGAAACAAACUCCGUGUCCUACUCUCAAUGCUUCUGAGGCACACACAAUGUACGGACCGGCAGAUGUUCAAGUAUUUGACAAGCAUACAGAUGAUGGAGUGUUAGUUUCUGAGAAUAACAUGAAACAUUCCAGUUCUGUAGAGCAGUCUACUUCUGAGGAAUUGUGCUAUCAGGUAUCUCAAGUAACACUAUCCAGUACUCAACUCCCUUUGUUGGAGCAACAUAAUGAAGUUCUAAAUAGUACUAUAGAGGGACAAGAUGAUUUUUUAGCUAUGGACACAGAUAUUACAGCAGAGGAAUUAGUUCAAGAACAGUUGUCUUAUCAAAAUAUUCCAGAGCAGCUGAAUGAUACUCAAUUAACCACAGUACAAUCAGAGGAUGAGAUUACUGGUCAGAAUUCACUUCUUUCAGUUGUGGCUAAGGGCAACCAAAAAGCUUCUGAAGCAAGCAACUCUGUUCAGGUUUUGCAGCAUCAGCUGGGCAACCAGGAUCCACUUGGCAAUCCGGAACAGGCUGAGCAGCUAAAUGAUUCUGAUAUAGCAGACCAGAUGCAGCAGCUUGAAAAAGCAUUGUCUCGUGAUGUGGAGGUUUGUAGUUCUGAAAGUAACCAUUUACAGCAGCACCAGCCUGAACAGACUUUUGAAGCUGACAUCUCUACUGAAGUAGAUCUUGCUGGUCAGGUAUCUCCCGAAGAAUUGAAUGGAUUGCAAGUAGUGAAUCAAAAUAAGAUAAUAGGUCACUUUGAACAGAAUGCUGAUCAAAGAAAUCAGGAGAGUUCAGAAGAUAUCUUAGAAAGCACAGUGACAGAAAAUGGAGCAUUAGAAUUUCAACUACCUGUUGGAAGUCAGGAAUUGUUGGCUCAGGGACAUGAACAAAUAUUCAUUCAAACUUCCGAGGGCCUAAUCGUAUCACACGAAGGAACUGCUGUUGUGUCACAGACAUCUGAAGGCAUUGUUAUAGUAACUAAUGCUGAUGGCACCACAAUGCACAUACGAACCCCUGAUGGUGUUCCAUUUGAAACUGUGGAAGCACUUCUUGCAAUGGAUUCAGAAGGACAAAGUGAAGGCCUGUUAGUUACACAAACACCAACUGAAGUGGAACAAUAAUUUGGUUGUCCUUGCCCCAUCUCAAAAAAAAGUAUGAGAAACCUUACUGUCCAAUGAAAUGAGAAAACACAAAAAUGGACCUGUACAGUUUUCUUGAAACAAAGUCUCCAGUUUCUUUCCUGUUGUGUUACGUUGAACAUUUAUAGCAUUUUAUGUUGAACUUUAUUGUUCCACAAGCUAACAAGACUGGUACAAAACUGGGUGUAAAGUUUCAAGAAUGGUUUACCUUGAAUGUCGCAUUAUGCUUGGCAAGAUAUUUGUAAGUGUGAAUGAAUCCGGGUACAUUUAUUGAAGUAUCCUGAGAGAUAGAUGUGAUUGCAAUAGACCAGAAAAUGUGAUGAUGUUGCACUGAAUUUGAAUGCUUUUUCUUUGCAUUUUUGACACCUUAUUGAUUAUUGAAAAUGAUUAUUUUGCCAAUAUAGUGUUUGUAUACAUUCUAUUACCAAUUCUUGAAACUGCCAUUAAAAGAUGAAUUGUACUUCCAUGAAAAAUUAUAAUAAAUGUAAAGCCCAUGGUUUCUUCGCUAA